AAAGACAGAUCGAGAGAGAGACAGAAGAGGAGAUCGGGAGAAGAGGAGAGAUCGAGAGAAGAGGAGAUCGAGAGACGAAAGAACAGGAGAGAUCGAGAGAAGAGGAGAUCGAGAGACGAAAGAUCAGGAGACGAGAUCAAGAGUGAAGGAUCGAUUGGGGUGAGAUCGAAGCCUGCGACUAGAGAGAAGUCGGCAACCAGAGUGCAAGAUGGCAGCAACAUCCGCAACUACAUUUUUAGUCAGAUCAACCAUGUCCUUAGGCUCCAAAGUGAGCCCAAUUUCACAACCAAAGGCUUUUGGUGUGAGAUUCAACUCCAAGAAUUGUGUCAAGAGCUUCAAUGGUCUCAAGGCAGCAACUUUCGGAAGCUGUGAAUCAGACUCAUCCUUCUUGGGCAAGGAAAGCAGUGCAGCUCUUAGAGACUCCUGCACACCAAAAGCUCAGAAACAAUACCAGAGAUCUUGGAAGAACCCUCAACCCCAGGCAUCUUACAAAGUGGCAGUUCUUGGAGCAGCUGGAGGGAUCGGUCAGCCGCUAGCACUUUUGAUCAAAAUGUCCCCAUUAGUUUCAAAUCUUCACCUUUACGAUAUAGCAAAUGUCAAGGGAGUUGCUGCUGAUCUCAGUCACUGCAACACCCCGUCUCAAGUUUUGGACUUCACAGGAGCUUCUGAGUUGGGCAAUUGUCUCAAAGGUGUUAAUGUGGUCGUCAUCCCCGCUGGAGUUCCUAGGAAACCGGGUAUGACCCGUGAUGACCUCUUCAACAUCAACGCCAACAUAGUGAAGACCUUGGUUGAGGCUGUUGCUGAUAACUGCCCCGAUGCCUUCAUCCACAUCAUCAGCAAUCCAGUUAACUCUACGGUUCCCAUUGCAGCAAAAGUUUUGAAGCAGAAAGGUGUUUAUGAUCCGAAGAAGCUCUUUGGUGUCACUACUCUAGAUGUUGUGAGGGCAAACACGUUUGUCGCUCAGAAGAAGAAUUUGAAGCUUAUUGAUGUCGAUGUCCCAGUUGUGGGUGGACAUGCUGGAAUUACUAUUCUACCCCUUCUAUCAAAGACAAAGCCCUCUGUUAGUUUCAUAGAUGAUAAAAUACACGAGCUAACUGUGAGGAUCCAAAAUGCUAGGACAGAAGUUAUGGAAGCAGAGGCCGGUGCGGGGUUUGCUACCCUGUCGAUGGCAUGUGCGGCUGCAAGAUUUGUGGAGUCCUCUCUCCGUGCUCUUGAUAGAGAUAGCGAUGUCUAUGAGUGCUGUUUCAUCAAGUCUGAUCUGACUGAGCUUCCAUUCUUUGCAUCAAGGGUCAAGCUAGGAAAGAAAGGGGUUGAGGCAGUGAUUUCUUCGGACUUCCAAGGAUUGACUGAGUAUGAGCAAAAGGCUCUGGAAGCCCUCAAGCCGGAACUAAAGUCCAGCAUUGAGAAGGGUAUCGGGUUUGCACAGAAGCAAACGGUGGCUGCAUAAUAAUUGAAUAGCUGAAACCACCCCAAAGAAAGAAGAAUAAUGCUGUAGUAGAGAUCAAAUGUUGUUGAAUCCAUUGUUAACUCCAUCGUUAACGUGGGUAUAUUGCAGUUUUGUAGACAACUUGGGAAGUUUUUUUGCAUUUACUGUUUUGUUGUGUUGGAGUACUUUUGUUAAAGAGAAAUGAGGAGUGGGUACACUAGAAGUGUUGUAUAACUUCAAUAAAACUUUGGUUCUCAUCGGCCACGUGCUGUACUUGGAUUGUUUACCAAAAACUUCGUUGAUGCAUUAUAACACCGAUAAUCUUGAUAUCUGUGGAAGAAAUCUUUUAUUCC